GAGCGUUCCCGAGGUGUGUCGAGUCUGCGAGCUAGACCAUUACAUUGCUCAUUCAGUUCCGAACCAGACGCAGACGCAUAUACAGCAACACAGCCAUGGCCUCCGGGGUGACGGUCUCAGAUGAGGUGUUAUUAGUCUUCAACGACAUGAAGGUGAGGAAGGCGGGUGAGGAGGAAAAGAAGAGGAAGAAGGCAGUGCUCUUCUGCGUGAGCGAUGACAAGAAGAAGAUCAUCCUGGAGGAGGGCAAGGAGAUCUUGCUGGGUGACGUGGGUGACACGGUCCAGGACCCCUACUUGCACUUCGUCAAGAUGCUGCCACCCAAUGACUGCCGCUAUGCCCUGUACGAUGCCACCUAUGAGACCAAGGAGACAAAGAAGGAGGACCUAAUCUUCAUCUUCUGGGCCCCAGAAAGCGCCCCACUGAAAAGUAAGAUGAUCUAUGCCAGCUCCAAGGACGCCAUCAAGAAGAAAUUUCAAGGCAUCAAGCACGAGUGGCAAGUGAAUGGUUUGGAGGACAUCAAGGACCGACGCGCCCUCGCUGACAAACUUGGAGGUGGAUCAGUGAUCUCCGUUGAAGGGGACCCUCUAUAAAUCUUGGCCCCAGGCUUCAACUGAGGCCUACCUGUAAACAAAUUUGUGAGGGGUUUGACUGUUCAUUCCAAUAUGGUGGGGAAAGGGAGGGGGAAGGGAGGGCAUUGAGAGUCUGACAGUGCAGAAUUGCAGGCUGUCAUUCCAAUUUACCAACAAUGAAAAACAAGUGAUUUAAAAAAGAGCAAAAUUUGAUCAAGGACGUAUACACAAGAAAAAUGGAGUUGUGGAAGUUUGUUGGCAGGUUUUUGUUCCACAUUCCAGUUGAGGUGUGAAGGUGGGGCCGGGGGGGGUGGGCGGGCAGGGCAGUUGCCGUUUCAGUUCAAACUUGAAUGUUGCAGACACUGUUCAGACUUAAUUAUACCAUUAUGUAUUUUUUUUUUUUGCCAAACUUGUUCAGUUUUCCUGGGCCUUGCAUGUAGGUAAGGCUAGAUGUGCAAACACUUCACAGAAAUGAUCAUGACUGCACAUGGGGUGCAUCAGACCUUUUUGGGGAACAUUUUUUAAUUGCAUUCUUUUGAUCAUAUUCCCACACAUGCAAAUUCCAGAAUAUGUUAUGAUUCCAGGGUGUAUUUUUUAUUUUUGGGGGUUAUUUGCAUUUUCCAGGCGGAAUCAAACCAUUGCUUUGGUGUGAAGAUCGAACGCAUUCCUUUUGGAAGUUAAGGUAGCGGUUAAUUUGGCAGUGUCUUAACAAGUUAAUGAAAUGGAUGGGGGGGGAGUAGAGGAACAGCUUGUGUACAGAUUAGAGUGGAGGGUGGAUGUUUUGUAUCGUGUCCUUAUCUCUAAUAAAAAAGCACUUAACUAC